AUUGUCGUUUUCUUUUCACAGCUGCUUGCAGAGGACUGGCCUUUCGGUGUUGAAGUGUGCAAAUUAGUACCCUUCAUUCAAAAGGCAUCAGUGGGCAUCACAGUGUUGAGUUUGUGUGCCCUCAGUAUAGAUAGGUACCGAGCAGUUGCCUCAUGGAGUCGCAUUAAAGGAAUCGGUGUGCCCAAGUGGACUGCUGUUGAAAUUGUACUGAUCUGGGUUAUAUCAGUGAUACUGGCUGUUCCAGAAGCUAUUGCAUUUGACAUGAUUACGAUGGAGUACAGAGGAAAGGAUCUCAGAAUCUGCUUGCUUCACCCCACACAGAAAACAUCCUUUAUGAGGUUUUACAAGCAAGCUAAAGACUGGUGGCUGUUCAGCUUUUACUUCUGUUUGCCACUGGCUAUCACAGCAUUUUUCUAUACUCUCAUGACUUGUGAGAUGUUACGAAAAAAAAGUGGGAUGCAAAUUGCUUUAAAUGACCACUUAAAACAGAGACGUGAGGUGGCCAAAACUGUGUUCUGUCUGGUACUUGUUUUUGCCUUGUGUUGGCUCCCACUUCAUGUAAGCAGAAUAUUGAAGCUCACUAUUUAUGAUCAGAAGGACCCCAACAGAUGUCAACUUUUAAGCUUUUUCCUUGUGAUGGACUACAUCGGUAUUAACAUGGCUUCACUGAAUUCCUGCAUCAAUCCCAUAGCUCUGUAUCUGGUGAGCAAAAGAUUCCAAAACUGCUUUAAGUCAUGCUUGUGUUGCUGGUGCCAAUCCAAAGAUCUGUUGUCCCUGGAGGAAAGGCAGUCCUGUUUAAAGUUCAAAGCUAAUGAUCACGGAUAUGAUAAUUUCCGCUCCAGUAACAAGUACAGCUCUUCAUAAAACUAGCAUGAAAGGUAUAUUCUCUUACAUUAAUGCUGGUGCCUUUUUAAAGAAAAGUGGCAGUUGCUUUUAACACAAUGGUAACGUUAAGAAAAAUCUAGUCUUGUGUUUGCACAGAAAAAGAACAUAAACCAAAAUCGCCCCAAAACUGUGUCACUUUGAAAAUCAUGGACAUUUAUAAAAUCAUCGUUUAUGGAAAUGAAGAAAAGCGUAGAAAGAAGAACUCAUUGUUAGCACUUGAAUACUUCUGAGUCAGCACUUCCAAAUGAUCCUCACUUCCUGUGCAUUAAAUGAUCAUUUGUAUUCUCUAUAACAGUUGUAGGAACUGAAGUCACAGUAAUUACUUAGCAGUAUAAUAUAAUGUUAAUUGGAUGAAAGCCAUUAUUAUAUAUAACUCAAUGUAUUAUCUUUUAUAAAGCAGAUUAACCACCAUCACUAUUGUGAGUUUUUUUUUAAUAAAGCAUGAAAUACUUUGUAAUGGAAGUUUAAAUGUAAAAUAAAGUUGAAUUUUUAUCAGGGAUAUUAUAGAGGUAGCUAAUGAAAAUAUUAAAGGAUGCAACAAAAUCAAA